CAAAAGUACACGAUAAUGCAACUGUUAGUAAAAUGGGUCGCAACCCACAUGUGGAGAGAGAAAGAGAAAGGAGGAUAGACAAUUUCUCCGCGCUGCCGGAAGGAUGCAUCUCACAGAUUCUGUCCAUGGCCUCCCCUCGGGACGCGUGCCGAUCGUCGGCGAUCUCACCCCUAUUCAAAUCAGCCGCCGAUUCGGAUGGUGUGUGGGAGAAGUUUUUGCCGUCCAAUUAUCGGCAAAUCAUAUCGAGAUCGGUGUCUCCUGUCGUCUUCCCCACCAAGAAGCACUUGUACUUGAGUCUGUGUGAUUCUCCUCUCCUCCUCGACGGCGGCAAACUGAGCUUUGCACUAGACAGAGAAAGCAGGAAGAAGUGUUGCACUCUACCAGCCCGGGGACUCAAAAUUGCUCAGAAAGAUAAGCCCCGAUACCGGAAAUGGAUAUCUUUGCCUGACUCAAGAUUCUCAGAGGUGGCCCAGUUUUUGUUGGUUCCGUGGCUUGAUAUUUGGGGCAGGAUUAACACUGCAAUGCUAUCUGCAAACACUACUUAUGCAGCUUACCUCAUUUUCAAAAUCACAGACCAUUGUGGUCUUAAAUCGCUUCAAGGGAAGUCCUCUGUGAGAUUGGUUAAGGAAUUAGAAGAUGGGUAUCCAGAUGAUUUGAGCUGUACUGUAUAUUUGACGCUGGGGACGGUGAGAUCUCUGCCUAGAGAACAAAAUGGACGGCUUCCUCAAAUGAGAAGGGACGGGUGGAUGGAGAUUGAACUGGGGGAAUUUUACAACGACGAAGGAGAUGAGGGUGAAGUGGAGAUGAGAUUGAAAAAGGUCAGGCGUAGCAAGAUUGGACGUAUUGAGAAGGGUCGACUGAUUGUGGAGGGCAUUGAGGUUCGGCCUAAAGAUAUUGCCUAAAAUAAAAAGGAAGAUUCAUGGUGCUGCUCACUGCUGCUGCAUAUCUUUUAUUGAGAGAUGAUUUGUAAGCCCACGUAGACUGAAAACGUACAUUCGACCACAUAUUCAGCUUGAAUUGGAACAUGGCAUGGCUCGUUGCAUCCA